AUGCAGAGCUCACACUUUUGGACAUUGAAAAUCAAGUCCGAGGAGUUUGAGUUCGCAUUUGAGCUGCACGAACUGGAACCCAGCAAGUUUGAUAAUGCAAGGUUGCUGCAUCGCCUUAUAUGCAUUCAGCGUGCGACUUCUUUACACAAUAGAGCCAGGAUCUGGGGAUUGGCACGGUGUUUGAAAGGCAUCCUGGACCUAUCUGAGCCUGACACAACGACUAUGGUCAACAACCCCAGUGACCCUGUGGGCCUGGAUUGGGGGAAGCUCCAUUGGUCAAUCAAGCCUCCUAAUUCUGGUCAAGAAUAUGCUAAGGGCUGCCAGAUCCUGUACACACAGCGUGUGAUCCUCACUGGUCAUUUGCGUCAAAUCACCGUCUCAUCCAUUAACAUGGAGGACACAGUCCACAUUACGGGUCUGAAACUUUCCUUCGACGAUGGGACCAGCACACAACUCGGUUACAGAUCUCAGGACAAUUCUUCAACCGACGUCGUAGCCUUUGGGGGAUUCGUUGUCGCAGUAGGGACGACAGGAAUCCAUGGGUUGCAGAUAAUUGACAAUAGAUCGGACUCCACUAAAUGGUUUGGUUCCAACCGGAGAUGUCCUCAAACACGCAAGUUGAAGUCGGAAAAGGAGAUUGUCGGAAUUAAGGCUUUCUUUGAUGGCUUCAAACUUGUGUCUCUGGCGCUGGGCCGGCCACUGCGGCCCAAACGAAAAAGUCGCCGGUCUCUCCUUGAUACUGCUUUAUGGUAUCCAAGUAUCCCGCCGGAAAAUUUACGCAUUGCAGAUGGAUUUUCGGUGGGCCAAUCGCCGACGACAUCUCGUCACAGUCUCCUGUUCUGGGUCUGGUUCGGUGGUCCAGGAGGGUCGUACCUUCAGUACUUGACUGGAAUAUCCGGCACAAGAUUCAAAGGUAGCUUGGGCGGGAUCGAAUUCCAUUUCUCAACCGACAGCGUCCCCAUCACCUCCAGGAAGCUGGGUCUUUGUGAUGACAAGGAAGGGCCGGAUUUCGCCAUUGAUGGUGCGGGGGGAGAGUACAUCACGUUCGUCUAUGGGAAGUUUUCGCCGAUGUCUUACCUUUCGGUUCUGGUGGUGUGUCAGAAACAAGUUUUACGGGUGUUGAUUAAAGCUGACAUCCGGGGAUAG